AUGUCCGAACGGUCGAGAGGCCGCAUUGAGGUUGAGAGGGAAGGAGGUCGUCGUGGAGCAAGGGCUCGUUUCGAGUGUAUGGGGGAGAGGGAGGAGACGUGGAGGAGAAGGCUCCGCAGUGUCACGGGUCAAGGUCCUGAUGAUCAGAAAACAACAACAGCUACCAUCACAACUGACCCGCAGUCAACGAAGGAGAAACAUGAGACUGCGCAGGCGAUCUGCACGGAUGCUCGUCCCACUCCGUUCAGUUCAGCCUGA